AUGGUGGGUUCACCACGCAUCAACGAGGCUGUGGGAGGGCCGUCUGUGCCAAAGCACGACCCGCUGCAACCGAUCGGCUAUGUUCCCUAUCAAAAACGGUCCGCGACGUCGACACGCAUCGUGGAGCCGACGCCGCGCCGCGCCGCACCUCCGUCACCGCUCGGGCCCCAUGCUCCGAGCCGCGCCCAUCGCCAUGCAUCGGAAAGCGGAGCAGGGCCGCGCAGCUCUCACCAGAGUGCAUCGCUCAAAGGCAAGGAGCCGGUGCGCUCUUCGGCAGGCGACGCUCCAUCGCCGCCGCCGCUGCGACGUGUGCAUGCCAACGCGCAGGAAAUCACACCGCCGCGCAUAGCGACCCCAGAGUCCAAAGAUCAGUCGCCUUUGCUCGGAGCAUGGGACAGUCCCACCUCGGAACUCGCGCGCCUCUCGCCGCUGAAGCGCGGUGUCAUCCGCCACCGGACAGACGAGUUUGAACAGCUGCGUGCCAAGCAGCGCGGCACGGUCGAGCUCGAGGAGCAGCGCAUGGAGCGCCGCCUCACCAAGCUCAUUGCCAUCCACUCGCCCGAUUUCGCGCACGAGCUCAGUGCGCCGAGCCCGAGCGCCUCUUCCAACUUGCUCGCCCGCGGCGCACAUGUCCUGGACCUCUUUCAGUCGCGGGAAGAGGCGGAAAAGAGCCGACGCACCCAACGCCAGCGCGCUGCCGAGCAGCGGGUCGAGGGCGAGGCAGCCGAGUCGAUGCUCCAACAGCCGUGCAGCUCGAUGCUGGUCGUACAGCCCGAGACAUACAGUGUUAGCGACGUGCCCAGCCGUCCUGCCCCAGACGCACCACCUGCAGCCCUACGUGCAUUUCACGAGGCCGAAGCGCGCUCGAUCCGGUUCUGUCGCGACUGCAAGACGAUCGUCUUGCGCAUCAGCUACCGGUCGAACUCGGAUAAGCCCACGCCGCUCACCGUGCACUACACUGCCCUCUUCCAGCUCCAGAAAGAGAUCAACGAAGCCCUUCCUGAAUUCCACGAGAUGAUCCUCGGACUGCAAAAGAAGGAUGCAGCCACGACACUUGCCUCGUCUGUGACAGACAGCAAGGCACUCCAGGAGGAUGCCAUUCAGGCACGAAAAGAACUGCUGGUCAGGUUCACACGAUACGAUCAACUCGCAAAGAAGAUCCGCACACUGCGCCCAAUUGUGGACAAGCACGAAUCGAGUACACAGCAGCGGCUCCAGCAGUCGAUUCAUGCCCGCGCGACCAUGUUCUUGCAAAAGAACAUGUUCCCUUUGCAAAGUCUUCCGAGCCUCGACGAGGCUGCACAGCGAAAGCAGAAGGAUGCCGAGUCGGCCAAGCGCCAGGCGGCACAGGGAGGGGCGGAACAAGCCGAACAAGUGCGCAUUCUGACGGAGCAAGAAACCUUGCUAAGCAAUUACCUCGCAUCGGCGGUCAAGGCGCGUAAUCUGGACGAUGUCACGGCACUUAAAGCCAACCGCGACGAAAUCCGUGCAGAGAUUGCGCGUUUGCAAUCCAUGGCUCUGUAG